AUGAAGCGAGAGGCUCAAGCCGCUCGUACUGGGCAAGAGUCCCGAAGGAAAAAAGACACCGACCGAUCCGAACAAGGCCCCAGCGGCUCGUCGAGCCAAUUCCGAGACCGCCGGAGUGUCUUCGACCGGAUCGUAAGAGGAAGGUCGUCCACCUCGAACGCCGAGCUGACACCACUCAAUUCCAGCCGGACUCAUGUCCUAGCGGUAAUGAGACAGAAUCACCUUGGCCGAGCCCCUCCUGAAAUUCCGGGAAAGAGAGAUAAGAGGAACUCAAACCUCUACUGCGCCUACCAACGGGAUGUUGGGCACGAGACUGAGGACUGCAAUGAUCUGAAGCGAGAGAUCGAGAACUUGAUCCGGCAGAGGUACUUGAAGCAAUUAGUUCGCAAGGAUGGAGGCUUCAACCGAAGCGUCUCCCACCGGGAGAACCGGGGCCCCCGCCGAGAAAACAGGCGGGACACGAACAUGCAUUGCCGAGGUCCCGAGCACCGUAAGGACGACAAGCGGCCUCCACGCGACGGAUCACCGGGCUACGGCCCUAACAUCGCCGGGGUGAUCAACACAAUCGCGGGGGGUCCAACGGGAGGAGACAGCCAGAACUCCCGGAAACGGACCUAUCGCCAGGCCGGGAUGGAGGUGGCCGAGCCGAGCUCUCGGCUGUCUGAGGUCAUCACCUAUGGUCCCAGCGACCCUGUCCCUGCCGCCUCCAGCAAUCACGAAACUCUUGUGAUUGAAGUUCUCACCAACAACUACAUAGUCAAGAAGGUCUACGUUGAUCCCGGGAGCUCGGUAGACGUCUUGUACUACCGAACUUUCGAAAGUUUGAAACUGACCAGGGAGCAACUCACUCCUGUCAGAACUCCCCUCGUCGGAUUCGGGGGACACGUAGUCCACCCGGAGGGUAUGGUGUCCCUGAUGGUGACUGUCGGGCGUCAUCCCCGCUGCCGAACUAUACCCGUCAAUUUCGCGGUGGUCAAGGCAGAUUCUCCCUACAAUAUGUUAAUAGGUCGACCCACGCUCAACGCCUUGAGGGCUGUGUACUCUACCUACCACCUGAGCUUCAAAUUCCCGACACCAGCGGGGGUGGCCGAGGUGAGCAGCGACGUGAGUACUGCCCGCGAAUGCUACCUCGCCACCAUCCAGGCCGCAGUCACUCCCCGGACUGCGUCAAAGGCCGAAGAGAAGAGGCCAGCUGUUCUCUUCAUAGACUGCAUCGAUCCUCAGAAGGCGGGAAAGCCCGGCAGGCUGGAACCUGGGGAUGAGGUGGAGCAGGUGGUCUUUGAUGAGGCGAGACCUCACCAAGUGGUCUAA